CGGCUAGAAAGCAGCAGUGCUCUGUCGUAUUUUGCCUUUUAAUAGAUGUGUAUUGGUUUUAAACUUCGUGAUGGCUGGACACCAUAGGCAUGGUGCUGUCGCGUAGAGUCAUCACGGAAACCCCCCGCUGUUCAUUCUAGCUGCGCUGAAACCUCCCCGGAAAAUAAGUGAAAGUGUCCGUGUUGCGCUUCGUCCUCCUUUACAGAGCGGAUUUCAGCUCGUGCUGUGUUGCUCGGUGUUCAGGAGCGGCCGAAUGGACGAGCCUGGCUUCAACAUGACCUAAACCUCCCCGGAGAUGUCACUUAACACCACGCAGUGUCCGUUCCCAGCACAGGUCAAGUGUGGUGGGUAGAUAGGCGGUAUGACUGAGGAGAAAUGUCCUCAGUUGGUGGAUUAUUUUGUGGUGGCGGGGCUGGCGGGCGAAUCAGCUCCGCCAGACGAGGAAUGUCAGCAGAGAGGAGGCCGUGGCAUGGUGCCCAUCAGCGACCUGGUUGUGAUUGCCCGUGGCCUCGGAGAAGAAGUGCCCGAGGGCUUCACUUGCAUUGAGAAGACAUUGGGGGGCCAUCCAGCUGAGCUCAGCGCUGGCCUCAUCAACAACCCACACAUGUUCCUCUGCUACCGACGCAGCCAUGACAAACCACCCAUUGUGGAGCUUGGUGUGCUGUAUGAGGGAAAAGAUUCGGUGAAGCAGGGUUGGUAUGUGAUCGAGACUACGCCGUACAGCCACUGUGCCAGUCUGAGCUCAGGAGCUCCUACCACCCACAAGACGUUCCUCAUGUAUCGGCGUGCCCCCGACUCGCAGGCCCUGAACACGCUAGGGGUGACCGAUAUCUCAUUACUUAUGCCCAGCAAGGGAGAAGUAGCACCACACACCUUCUGCAAAGUGGACAAGAACCUGAAUACUGGCAUGUGGGGGCCGGCACUGUACCUGUGCUAUAAGCGGGCUGUAGCGAAAGCCAACGCCCUUGUGUAUGAGGCAGGGCUGAUCACACGCUACCCUGAGGAGGAUCUUGAGUCGUUUGCAUUGCCGGACUCAGUCCCUGUCUUCUGUCUGCCCAUGGGUGUAACUGUAGAGAGCUGGCCACUCAAUACCAAGUACCAACUCCCUGUCUUCUCCACUUUUAUCCUCACCACCGCAUCUGGAGAUAAGGUGUAUGGAGCUGCUAUCCAGUUCUAUGAAGCAUACCCACGGGAGGCUUUGUCUGAAAGGCAGCGAGUGCGUCUCGGGCUGGUCAGUGUUGUGGACCGCAGACCCAUCACCAACCGCACAGUGCAGGUCAAAAAGAGUGUGUGCGUGCUCUCCCACUGGCCGUUCUUCACUGUCUUCCAGAAGUUUCUCACCUUCAUCUAUCGCUACUCCAUCUCUGGACCUCAUGUGCUGCCCAUUGAGAAGCAUAUCUCCAGUUUCAUGCACAACGUGCCCUUCCCUUCACCCCAGCGACCGCGAAUUCUGGUACAGCUGUCUCCAUAUGACAACCUCCUACUGUGCCAGCCAGUGUCCUCACCCUUACCACUGAGCGGUGCCAGCUUUGUGAAACUUCUGCAGAAUCUGGGGCCGGAGAACUCAUGUACCCUGCUGUUGGCUGUUCUCACUGAGCACAAGCUGCUGCUACAUUCCCUCCGGCCAGAUGUGCUGACCUCUGUCAGUGAAGCCCUGGUGUCGAUGACAUUUCCGUUGCGUUGGCCUUGCCCGUAUAUCCCUCUGUGCCCACUUCGGUGUGCAGAUGUGCUGUGUGCCCCAAUGCCCUUUAUUGUGGGUGUUCACUCCAGCUAUUUUGACCUGUACGACCCUCCUUCAGAUGUGGUGUGUGUGGACCUUGACACCAACACCAUUUUCCAAUCAGAAGACAAAAAACCCUUGUCAUGGAAAUCCUUACCCAGGAAACAUGGAAAAAUCCUGCUGAACUCACUUACUCACCUGCACAAAACUUUAGAGAAAAUCUGUACCCCUGGUAAUGAAGAGGCGACCCUAGAGUUCUUGCUCACAGAUUAUGAUCUGAUCUAUGGGCGACAAAAGCAGCUGGAGCUGGAAAUCCAGGAAGCCUUCCUACGCUUUAUGAGCUGCCUCCUGAAAGGCUAUCGCUCCUACCUCCUGCCCAUCACCCAGGCGCCCUCUGAGAGAACCACUGACUGCAGUUCCCUCUUCAAUUUGCAAGGUUUUCUAAAGUCUCGAGAUCGGACACAGCAGAAGUUUUAUUCCCACCUCACUAAGACUCAGAUGUUCACACAGUUCAUAGAGGAGUGCUCUUUUGUCAGCGACAGACACGCAUGCCUUGAAUUCUUUGACGAGUGUGUUCAAAAGGUGGAUGUGGAGAAGCCUGAGGAGGUGAGGCUGAUAGAUCUUGAUGAGACCCACAGUGGGGAGCACACAGUGUUUAUAAUGCCACCAGAGGAACCUCAAGAACCUGAUGGCUCUGAAUGCCCUGCGCUCUACAGCUACGAGACAUUUCCUAUUCUGCAUCCUGAGUUGUUUGACCAGCCUCAAGAUCAACUCCGUACCACAGCAAAGGGAAGUGCCCCGAGUAGUCCUGCUCCUCGCCGUACUAAACAGGAGAUAAAGCUGGCUCAGAAAUGUGCACAGAAGUACUCUGCAGUACCUGACAUGUGGUCCAAGUGUCUGCUGGGCCACUGUUAUGGUCUGUGGUUUAUCUACCUGCCAACAUUUGUUCGGGCUGAGAGCACCAAGGUUCGGGCACUGCAAACCGCUUAUGAGGUGCUCAAGCACAUGGAGACACGGAAGGUUGUGCUGCCUGACGAGGUGUGCUACAGGAUCCUGAUGCAGCUGUGUGGGCAGUACGGGCAGCCUGUACUUGCUGUCAAGGUCCUGCUGGAGAUGAAGAAAGCAGGAAUCACUCCUAACGCCAUCACGUAUGGGUACUACAAUAAGGCUGUUCUGGAGAGCAAGUGGCCAUCCACCAAUCAGGGAGGUCGCCUUCGAUGGGCCAAGCUCCGCAACGUUCUUUUGGCUGUGGCACAGUUCAGGCAGCCAAUCAAACACAGGCAAAAGAGUGACUCUGUUAGCUCAAAACAAGGUAACUCCAACUGUAAUCUUCACCCGCACUCCACUCUUGUACGUCAGACCAGCUGGAGUGGUUUGAGUGAAAGUUCAAGUCAUGAAUCCUUGACUGGUCCCAUCACUAAGAGCAACAGUCUAAGCAGUAUGCGACCUGACAAAUCUAAGUUAGCUAGGAAAGCAAUGCUCCAAAACAAAAGCUCUGAUGAUCCCGCCUCCCGCAAACCUCCCAUUAGUCCUCGUGAUAUGGUUACACCAUCCCCAGAUCCCUCUGAUGACCAUGUUAGAGUGCGACGGAGUGACAUCUGCUUGUCCAACUUUUACAAAGAGUGUGCAGAACCAGAUACAGACUGCAGGUGCCAGCCGACUGAGAGAGACAGCCGAUCUGCAGAGCAACGGGAAACGUUGAAUCGCAAGGCAGUAGAUGAGAACUACAACAACGUGCUGUCCCCGAGUCGUGGACUGGCAGGUAAACUGCAGCAGCUUCUCACACCCACACGUCACCGGAACUCCUCACGCCGUGCAGCCAGCGUGGACGAACGGCGGCCUGCCACUAACGGCCCGUCACGCAAAUCAUCCGAACAGAGACAGUCUCGCAAAUCACAGGUGGCCGAGACUCUGCUGAAAGCUAAAGAGCGACUCUACAAUGCCACGUCAGAGAGCUCUUUGUCUGUAGGUAGUGACAUUGACCUGUCAGACCCUCCAAAUUCUGGUUUUUCACUCAGGAAGUCAUGGGAUUCUACACAGGAAGGAGCAGGGCUUGAGGUCUUGAUGUCGAGCUGCACGCUUUGCCGGAGCUGCAACUCGUUGGUGUAUGAUGAGGAAAUCAUGGCAGGCUGGACAUCUGAUGACUCUAAUCUUAACUCCAGCUGCCCGUUUUGCUCAGCAACCUUCGUACCACUGCUUAAUGCAGAGAUCUGUGACCUUGGGCCAGUCAGAAGCAGUCAGUAUCGCUGUAACUGGAACAUGGAGGAUGAAGUGGAGAGUGCAGUGAGGCCCCCUUCUGGCCAUGAUGGCGUUCUGUAUAACGGUGUGAAUGAGCAUGAUUCCAGUUCAGAGACCAGCACAUACUCUGAGAACAGCAGUAAUACUCUAAGCUCGUCUUUGGGUGGCACCCCUCAAGUGACAGUGGCAUACCUGAGCCCUCUGGUCCUGCGUAAAGAACUGGAAAGUCUUUUGGAGAAUGAGGGAGAAAGUGUUCUCUCUCAGGUCCAGUUACUGGACAGCCACUCCAUCCUCUUCUGGAAUCUGGUAUGGUACUUCACUCGCCUUGGCCUUCCUAGCAAUCUCCUGCAGCUGGUGCGGGCCUCUCCACUAGCUUCACAGAUUUCACAGAACCCAGAAAAUACUUCAGUAAGGGUGAGGCUACUGUGGGACACUUUGACGCCUGAUACAGAUUACUGGCCACCUCUCUAUGUGCUCUGGAGAAUACACAGUGGAGUGCCGAUGCGUAGCUAUGCAUGGCGCAGACACAACCAUCCCUUCACCCUUAGCUUUCUGGAGGAAGUCCUGCGCUGUGUCGGUAUGAAUGAGGUACACAAGGCCAUCACAUUCUUCCUGGAUACCAUCGCCAAGCAACCAGGCACUCCCCAGAUACAGAGGAGUUUGUACAGGGAAUUUCUGUUUCUUACUUUGGCUGCUAUGGGCAAAGACCAUGUCGCUGCUUUUGACAAGAAGUACAAGGCUGCUUACGCCAGACUGAGUAGUUCCCUGGGUCGAGAUGAGCUGAAGAGGAAGAGAGCUCAGCCACCUAGUCCCAAAGCUGUGGACUGCAGACGCUGUUUCCUGGUGCCCCUGGACUGCUGAGGGUUGACACAGAGAUACUCAUGCUCCACAGCUUGGACACUUCUCUCUCUCUCUCUCUCUCUCUCUCUCUCUUUCUCUCAGUGGCUGCCUUCUGCAGUUAUCCCCCAAAGUCAGUCCUGAUUGGGCCUUUAUUUCAUCGAGUCUCACACAUCUCCACAUAACAGUCAAUGAACCUUUGUUCUGAUGCCCCAUUUCAUCUUACGCUCUGCAGCUUUAGACACAUGGUACUUAUUGGCAACAUAACAAUUCUCUUUGGCCAAGAAUCUGUUAUCUUGUUCAUUUUUAUUUUGUUUUCAGUUGCCUCAGUUAAUUUUUUCGGGGCAUGUCUUACCAGGUCUAUCUAUUUGUAGUACAGCAGAAAUUUAGAUAUUCACCGCUGGACUGAGUUUUCUCUUUGCCAAGUAACUAAACCUGGACACUGCAGUCAUGCUUCAGUGGCAUUCUGAUCUAUGCAUCGAGCAGAUCAUCAUUAUACCAGCAUCACAGUAUUAACCAUUUGUUUUUCAGACAAGGCCUCAUAAUCCCAUUACUCAUUCGGAGUGCACAUUCUGUAAUCCCGCCUGUGUGUGUAUGUGUGUGUGUGUGUGUGUGUGUGUGUGUGUGUGUAUGUAUGUGUGUGUGUGUGUGUGAUUGUAGCUUACCAGACAGCCUACAUUUAAAAACCCUUUAAGUUCCUCUCUCUUUAACCACUCUCUAUAUUAGCUCUUAUUGACUUCUGCUACUUAUAGUUGGCUGUGCCUCCAGCAAUUAAGCUGUGAGAGAGAAACUCUUAGUGCGUGGGAUCCACUAAACCACUGGGAUGAAACUUCAGACUGAUGAAGUUUCCUCCAGAAGAGGAGGAAAGACUACAUUGUGGUACGGACUAAGUCUGGGAUGUGGAAGGCAUUCAGCUCUGAAAACAGGAGCACAGAGGUGAUGAGUAUAACAGGCAACCCAAAAAAAAGCACUGAAGACUGAACUGCCUGGAUACACUGCAGUGGAGUGGAGGAUAUGAACAUUAGGAACUGCGCUCUGCUAAAGACUCGUAACCAAAAGACUAUCUAAUUGGAAUUUACCUCCUUCUUUGUUUUGUUUUUUAUUUUGUUUUACUUUUAUGCAGUCUGAUUUUAUUGUUUUAAAAACAUUAGAUGUGUGUAUGAGCCUUGCCGAUGUAUGUGUUCAGCUUUCAGUCACCCAGACAUUUAUUGAGGGGAAAAAAGCCUUACAUCUCCACUUUCCCAUGUUUAAACCUAACCUUACCUUUCCUUUAAACUUUAACCCAUGAGGCGCUGAAAAUCACAUCUAUCAAGGACAUAGUUAUCCAGCCUCUAGGGCACUGAGCUGUCUCCUCCUCCUGGACUUUUGGUUGUCUCCACCCAGGUAGAAGGUGCUGGAUGUGGUUUGACUCCAUCCUAUGGAAUUGUUGUUUCUGUAAUGAGGGUUAUAUGGAGAGAAAAGGGUAAAUGGUAAAUCUCAUGUGUAGCAUGUGGGGGCAUGGUUUAGUAGGAGCAGCUGGAUGGUGGUGAAUGGGGGCCAUCUAAUGUCAAUCAUUACACCUGUAACUCAUUCACAAAAUCCAGACUACAGACUCCUGCCAAAUCACACUGAUACUUGCUACAGGAACGCUUAAUGCUUUACUUUUGCUGGACCACUGAACAGCUCUGUGUGUUUGUGUGUCUGUGCGCUUCUUCAGCCCUUUCUGCCUUUUUGCAAAGUUUUUGGUUUAUCUACUGCCCUGAGAGGCACAUACACACCUUGCUCAACCCCUUCGCACUGUGUAGACCUGUGUCAAUACUGCACUCAGAAACACGCCUCACUAACUUGCAUACGCGCACAACCAACAGUCAAGUUAAGGAGUCACACACAUUGUUGUAAAAUCCAUACAGCACAGUCAGACUGAACUACAGCUCAUUUAGUAUCAGCAGGAGAUUUGCAAUGCUAAACUGAUUCUCUGAUCACUCCUCACAGUGAAACUGAGUGAGAAUGAAUCCUCCUCCCCGAUGGCCUUAUUCCAGCUUCUUUCACUCUGGGGGUAUGCUUUGGAGGGGUGUCCUGGUGUCAGUGAUUCUCUUUGCGUAUAUAUACAUAUUUAAUCUCUGCUGCUGAUCUGAGUGCAUGUGGUAGAUCUAACAUUUCCACUGAAGACGUGUUCGAUACCUGGCCAUAGAUGAGUGCCAAGGCUAUCUGAACUCUCAUCCAUCACUGUGGCUUCAGAUCAUUUAGCAAUAUGGUCAAUAGGAACGUGCUUAGAAAAGCUGUUUUGCCAAUCUUUAUUACUAUUGCGUCCAGCCUUAUAAUGUGACAAUGGCCUUCACAAUGUCCUUUACCUCCUCUCACUUAACCCCUAUGUUUUGUGUCCGUUCUCUUUCUGCUAACUGUCUGUGGCUUCUUUUACGAGUCAUAAUACUUUUACUUGUCAUGUAUGUUUAAAGUGGUGUAGCGCAUAUAUGUUUCUGUGUGGGGUUAUGAGUCACCUUAUAACCAUAAUGAAGAGAGAUAGCGUUUGAAUGAGCUAUUAUAUGUUCCUCUGAAUAUUUGAAAACUAGGGGUGGAAAGCUGUGAUUAAUAGAGCUAUAAUCAUUUCCGUAUAGAAAGGUCAUGAUGAUAGCAUUAUGUUGUGUAAUGUUUAGUCUUAGGACAUAAAUCAGCACUGACAUUACUGUUAGUAAUUAGCUACAGGUUUAAAAGAGACAAGGGGGGGGUGAACGAGUCAAAAAUAUAUUCCUGUUCAGGAAUGAGAGUCCUCUUUUUUUGCCCAUUUGUUGUGCCGUGUUGUAUAAUGAUGACCAGCAGGGGACGGCAUGCCAAAGGGAGUUUUGCUCAAAAAAGGUCUGCAAUGAUUUCACUGUAUUUUAAUGCAUUUGGACUGCAACAUGAGGAAAUUUGAGUUAGGACAGUUUUUAUUUUUUAAAAUUAAAUGGAAAAACAAAGGAUUUGCAGAGCUAUAUUUAAGAUGUGUUGUGUUUGCUGUAGUAAUUUAUAUAGAUGUUAGUUCUGUUGUGAAUUUUUUUUUUAUGUUAAAAAAAAGAAAGGAAAAAAAAAUGACCCUCAUGGUUGUGUUUUGUUUGAUUGUGGAAGUGGUGGAUCCGUUUUGGCCAUGGUGUAACAGCAUCCACAAUGUAACAUUAAAGUCUCUCAUACAUUACUGUAAA